GUGACAGUUGUGUUACCUUUAAUGUCAGGAAGUUCAGACAUGAAACAAUGACAAAUGAAAUUUGACAACUAAAUUUGAUCUUGUUUGGAUUUACCUGUCUCUGAUAAUACAUGGGAAUACCAACAUCUGGUUGGAAUAAGUGGUCUAAACAUGAUGGACUGGAUCUAAAACUAUUCACAAAUAUUCAUUGCUGAAUUACGGAUUAAUAGUACCUUACUGAUGGUGUUUUCUCUACUUGAUUGAUUCUAAAUAUAGAUUUGGCUCCUCAAUCAACAGUUGGACAAAAUGGGACCCGACAACAUCUCCUCCAGCAGGGAUCCAGAUACAUUGACACCUGAAGACAUUACUAGUUUCUGGAUUGGAUUUGGAUUAGCUUUCAGCUCUACUAUUUUUAUUGGAACUAGUUUCAUCUUAAAGAAGUUGGGAUUACGUAAACUUGCAAGUCAGGGAACCAGAGCAGAUCAAGGAGGUUAUGGUUACCUCAAGGAAUGGUUAUGGUGGGCUGGAAUGUCCCUCAUGAUAUUGGGUGAGUUUGCAAACUUUGCUGCUUAUGCCUUUGCUCCUGCCACUUUAGUCACACCACUUGGUGCUCUCAGUGUUAUUGUAAGUUCUGUUUUAUCUUCAAUAUUCCUCAGAGAAAAAUUGAAUAUAUUAGGUAAAAUGGGCUGUGCACUGUGUGUGAUCGGGUCUACUGUCAUGGUUUUACACUCACCACAAGAACAGGAAGUUGCCAGUAUGGACAUUCUAAAAGAAAAAGUACAGGAACCAGGGUUUGUAAUAUAUGCUUUCCUGAUGGUGGGAACUGCCAUAUUCUUUAUGAUAUUUGUAGCGCCAAAGUAUGGUAAUCGAACAGUUCUAGUUUAUAUAACAAUAUGUUCUACUUUGGGAUCAUUCACUGUGAUGGGAUGUAAAGGAGUGGGCGUCGCCAUACAUCAAACUCUUCAAGGACAAAAUCAGUUUACAAACUGGUUGACUUACGUCUUUCUUUCAGCUGUUAUAAUUUGUAUACUAGUGCAGAUGAACUUUUUGAACCGUGCACUAGAUAUUUAUAAUACUGCGGUAGUGACACCUAUAUAUUAUGUCUUUUUCACAACGUGUGUUAUCGUGGCAUCAUUAGUUUUAUAUAAAGAAUUUUUCUCAAUGUCGACCAAAGAUAUAUUUGGAUUUAUAUGUGGGUUUUUGAUAAUAUGUAUGGGUAUUUUUCAAUUAAAUGCUUUUAGAGAUGUGAACAUCUCUCUUAAAAACUUGCCAAAGGCGCACAGAGAUGAAUUACCAAAAGUCAGUUUGAAUGGAGGGUUAAUGAACCAGGAAAACACAGACGAACAAAGAUUAUUGGAAAGUGACUCAAUAAGUGCCAAAGAUUAUCAUGAUGAGGAUGAUUCUCAUCCAAUUUGACAGGAAAACAAACAAGGGAGAUAAAAAGGAAAUAAUCUGUAUGUCUUUCAUUUUUACAUGUUCUCCAGUGAAUGUUGGAGGAGAGAAAUAUAUAUACAUAUUUAUAUGACGCUGGCAUGGGAUAUUAGAAGUUUUUCAAAAUAUAAAUGUAACAAUGAUCAUUACUAGGACAAGAAUAGUUACAUUUGGUGGAAAGGUUAUACAAUAGAUAAUUAGGUAUCUUGUCUUUUCUUAAUUCAAUUUUAAGAAUGCUAUCUUUUUUUUCAAAAAUAGAUUUAUCAAUUUUUUUAUGCAAAGUUUUUUAUAUUAUUUUUUAAAAAUUCAAGACGACUAUUCUUGCUGAAAAGGUAAAAAUAAAAAAAUGUAAUUUUGAAAGCUUUGAAAAUACAAAACAUUGUUAAAGGUGUUUACUAUAAAUAUUUAUUUAAAAAAAAAUGUUUUUCAUUGAAUCCAUAUCAGAUCUGCAUAAUGUACCACACUUUGUGUUCAUUCAGAACUGAAUGUUUACAGGGAAACACAUUUAGUUUUACAAGUUAUUAAGAAAUUUACUGGUGCUCUUAUUCAGUAUUUAAGCUCAUUUUAUUCAGAAAUCAAACAUAAUAGAAAUUAAAUCAUGGCAGAAUCAAAAAUGUUGUUUGAAAAUCCUGAAAUAAUUUGUGCCAUUGAUGUUAUAUAGCAGUUAUUAAAUUAAGGCAUUUAUAUUUUUGUCCUUGAUUUUAUAUUACACAUACAGAAUAUAACAAUGUCACAAAUAUAUAUGUCCUAGAUGUUAUUAUAUAGGUAAUGAUUUUCCUAUCAUAAAUUUGUUUUCGUAUUUCUUAUUAAUUGUUUACAUUAUUUUGUUAGAUAUAAAAAAGAAGAUGUGGUAUGAUUGCCAAUGUGACAAUUCUCCACAAGAGACCAAAUGACACAGAAAUUAACAACUAUAGGUCACCGUAUGGCCUUCAACAAUGAGCAAAGCCCACACCGCACAGUCAGCUAUAAAAGGCCCCGAAAUGACAAUGUAAAACAAUUCAAACAAGAAAACUUACGACCUAAUUUAUGUACAAAAAAUGAACUAAAAACAAAUAUGUAACACAUAAACAAACGACAACCACUGAAUUACAGGCUCCUGACUUGGGACAGGCACAUACAUACAGCAUGUGGCAGGGUUAAACAUGUUAGCGGGAUCCCAACCCUCCGUCUAACCUGGGACAGUGGUGUAACAGUACAACAUAAGAACGAACUAUAAAAAUCAGUUGAAAGAGGCUUAACUCAUCAGAUGGAUAAAAAUACAAAUACAUGUCGUUUGUUGAUGUGGUUCAUAAGUGUUUCUCGUUUUUUAUAUAGAUUAGACCGUUGGUUUUCCCGUUUGAAUGGUUUUACACUAGUAAUUUUUUGGGGCCUUUUAUAGCUUACUGUUCGGUGUGAGCCAAGGCUCCGUGUUGAAGACCGUACUGUGACCUAUAAUGGUUUACUUUUAUAAAUUUUUACUUGGAUGGAGAGUUGUCUCAUUGGCACUCAUACCACAUCUUCUUAUAUCUAAAUACUACAAAUACAAGUGGACAUGGCCAGAAUAUGCUUUUUAACGGGGUAUUAAUAUUGUACAAGGGUCUUUAUUUAAGGGUUCAACUGCAGGACAAUUAGGAAAACUGUAAAAUCGCAUAAUAUAUUAAUGUUUUUUAAACCAGAAAAUUUGACAAUGAAUAUUGCACUUGUUAUUAAAAUUCUUAUUUAAACUUCUACUUGCAAUCUACAUCCACAAAUAUAGAUAAAGUUGGAUAACAUAUCUUCUUAAAAUCAUAAGAGAAACCAUGGAGUUUUGUGCAAUACGAUAUAUCACCAUUCUCAACAGUUACGAUUUUAAAUAUUUAAAACACUGGACAAGCCUCUCAUUCAGUCUGGAGUGGAGAAAUAUUGUAUCACACUUGAUGCUGUGGAAGAAUCUAUAUCUAUUAGUCAGAGCUCAGAUAUAACAUGUAUAAACAAGUCUGUUUUUGUUUCUGACUUAAAGAAGUGUCAAAUCUUGUAUUUUGAUAAAAAUUUGUUAAUAGUUUUUGACUUGUCUAAGUCAGAAAAUGACAGACUUAUUUAACAAUGUUGUCCCAAUUUCAUGUAGAUGCAUGAACUUUUUAUAUUUUUUGUGCAUUGGUCUUGAAGUUCACCAAUUUUGGUAACUUUUCGACUUGAAGAAGUCAUUAAUCACAACAGUUUGAAUAAGGUAAAAUGUUUUCUGAUUAACAUUAAUUGACUUGUUGGAGUCUUAUUUUUUUUUCUAAUAAAGGGAGCGAACGCAUGAAACAUGCAAAUUUAGACCUCUACAAGUCAAAAGCAAAAUAAGACUUAUUUAUGUCUGAGCUCUGACUGUUUAUAAGAAACUGGUACAUGAUAUUUGGUUUUUGUUUUAGUUCUGAUUAACUGCUUUAAUAUAAGGUGCCCACUAGAAUUCCAUAGAGAUUAGACAAGGAACAAAGUUGUCUUCUCCUUCUAAACGACGAAAAAUUGUAAUGAAAAAACAAAUGAUCUCCAGUACAAUUUUUUGGACAAUUUUUAUCAUGUACUUUGUUCAUUUCAACUAUUUUCAUUCAGAAUGCCCAAAAAGUCGUUGGUGACUCCUUGUUCUGGUACAUGGAUAUGUAACAUGUGUAAUGUGUAUUUCUGUUUGUUAUACAUGUAUAAUAUGAUGAUAAUAUAGAAGAAGGGUUUUUGAUAGUUUAUAAAUGAAAACCAGUUUUUUUUUUAAUUUUUGAUUGAGGGAUAUUUUUCAUCAAUAGUUUUAUAUUAUAUUACUUCAUUGCACCUGUUAUCUGUAUUUUGAGAAUUUCACACUAGGGGGUUUGGUUAAAAGUCAUUCAUGCUGGUGUUGAGUACAUGUAGUACACAAAGUAAUUUCAUAUGAAAAGCUUUUUCUAUUACUUAGAACACAAAUUAUGCAAAUUUUGGCAUUUUUUAUGAACUUGAUUUUGCAAUUGCAAUUACAAUUUUUGAUCAUGUUAAUACAUUCAUUGAAUUGAUAAAAAAAAAUAUCAAAGUGUUGUAACAUUCAACCAUUAGAACUAUUGAAUCAUAUAUCUCUCAAAUUUAAAAUAUCAUUAUUGUUUACAAAGUAAUUGAAAUUUGGGGCCAAAUAUGGACAUUUUCCUACGUGUGCAUUUUCUAAAAGUUUCAUUCAAGAAAAAUUAAUUAACACAAUUGCAAAAAUAUAAAAUUGUUAUUUUGGCAAUUCCUGUCAUAACAAAGGUUGUGGCUCUUAAAGGGGCAUUAGCUACGAGAUAUAAAUAAAAAUUAAGAUAUGAUUUUUUUUUGUUCAACCGUUAAUGAAAGUGAAAUAAUAAUUCGCAUUUAGCAGCCAGUUUAGUUCAAUUUUAGUCAAAAUAAGCUAAGAACAUCGCUGAUGAAUAUUCACUUGCAAGUGAAUAAUUUGACCUCAUUGAAUCCGUAUUCAUGUGACCUUCAAUUUAACCUAAUAGCUACAGAUUGCUUACGCAUGUAUAAAUUGUGUUCAGCCAUUAAAAGGAAAAGAAUGUCAACAUUGAAAGUGAAACAAAUUGUUUAUUUAAGACUUAAUGUAAUUUGGAUAUACGUUUUAGUAUGUUAUAAAUCAAAUAUGAGAAUUUGAGUUAAAUCGGUGAACAUGAAUUUGACAGCUAAUGCCCCUUUAAUACACUUUCAUUAGCUAAUCCAGAGAUGAUUCCUACCUUUUUCAGAUUUUUUUAUCUAAUCAUGAAAAGUAAAGAAAAUUAAGCUGGACAACUUGUUUUAAAUGUGGAAUCCCAAAUAAUCAUUCAUUUCAAAAAUUUAAUUUUGAUGUGUGAUUAUUGCCUACCGGUUAAUGUUAGUUACUUAGUACAUUAAACAAGCCAAUAUUUAAAUGAAAGAUUGAUAAUAUACAACGAUAAAGUUUGUAAUGGUAGAUUGACAAUAUUUGUUAUUCAUUUCAGAUUUAUAUUGUUAAGUUUUUGUCUAUGUAAAUGUGAUGUUUUGUAAAUAAAAAAUGUAAUAUUU